AUGCAAAAAAAAAAAAAGAAAGCAUCAGUUCGCAAGGACGCUUCGAAUACCAAAAACACCAAGAAAGCAUGGAAAAGGAUACCAGCCGGCUUCAACAACAAGAACAGCUUUAAGAAUCCAGCCGGAUUCAACCACAAAGCCAUCCUUAAGAAGCCAGAACACCGUCCAAGAUUUAAUGGCAAAAGAAGAAGAUCAUCUCAGAAUGUUCUGAGAGAGAUAGUUGGCAACAACAGAAGUCGACAUGUUGAAAAAGUUGUGACACAACUACGAAGAACCAAAAGAGAAUGGCCCCAAACUAUCACUAUUGUGAAGCACAAACCGGCUAGCCAAAGAGUAACUAAAAGGCUAGCCACACCAAACAAUACUGCAAAGAAGAGCCCAGUGUGCAACCACAAAAAGGCUCCCAAUCAAAAGAUGACUCGAGAACAGCUCGAUGCUGAACUGGAUGACUAUAUGAGAAGCUCAGAGAAGAAUCAACAAUAA